AUGGCCAGGCCCCAGAAGACCCUGCUAGCCCUUCCUCCGAGAAAAGGGGUCCAGGCAACCGCUGUCACACCCAUCCUCCUGCCCACCCUGAAGCACAACGCCUUUGACCAUCCCCUGCACCUCCGCUCCUCUCGGCGCCUCUGCAGCCCCAACUCUGCUCCGACUCCCAAAUUGCCAAAGAAGUCCAAGAUGCAGGCACCUGGAGACAUGUUCCCCGUUGACUGGAGCCCACCACCUAUAGAGUUCUUGAACCCCAGGGCACCCCACGCCGGCAGCGGGGCGCCAGCCCAGACACAGGUUGGUGCAGCGGGUCCCCAGGGCCUGAGCACACCAGCCUGCCAGCUGCCAGAGGAGAUGGAGCAGGAACCCCAGGGCGUGGACCCCAGGGGGGAGCUGGCCUCACUGGAGGAACUCUUCUUGAAGCUGGCAGGGCCGAGCCAGAAGGUGGCAGUCGCUGCGGGGGACACCCAGACCUCGGGCUCAGGAAGCUACAUCAAUAGCUUGGAUUACUUACUGCAGGAGAAGAGGGAGCAGUCCCUGGAGCUGGAGCGAGAGAAGCAGCUUCUGCAGAACUGUGCCGACCUCAGCUCCCUAGAUCUCGAUGAAAAUGAAGUAUCUCUCACACCCGAGCACAGGAUGCUGGUGCAGCGGUUCUCCGUGUCAAUGCAGGUCAUCCCAAUAGUGCAUCCAGGCGAGAUGGUGUUUCUACCCAGGCAGCACCCCCAGCCCUGCAUCCUGAACUGUUCACACCUGCAGCCACGCAACCACCUAGAAAGGAUGUUCUUCAGCUCCCCGCCGGCCCAGCAACUCUCCUUUCUUAGAAGAGGCCUCCUGAGUAACCUCUAUCUGCACGUGCUGGACUGCCCCCUGCCUCUGCUCCGAUGGCUGUUCCAGCUGCUUUCAUGGCCUCCAGAAACUUCUUCAAGAGCCUUUGAUCUCCUGUGGGAGCUCAGCAUGAAUAGGCUCUUCCAUCAGUCUGACGGUGACGUGCACUUGUGGUGCCCAUCGCUGCAAGACAUCAAUGAUACAUUUCACAGACUGGGAGCCCACAACCCUGCUGUCUACCCUCUGGGGCCCAUCCAGCAGGAGUGGAGCAGUGGACGCGUGCUUCAGAGUGAGGCUGGCCUGAGGCAGGGCGAGCAGAACUCCCCGCAGGAGACCGCCUUGGACACCAGCCUGACUUACAUCUAUAAGUUCCUGACACUGUGCGUCCUAGCCCAGCCUGGGGCCUACACCGACAGCAACCUCCUGGGCCUGAUUGAGCUGCUGUGCCGAGCAGGCCUGGAUGUGGGGCUCCGCCUGCUACCCAAAACCGAUCUCCAGCAGCUACUGCUCUUGCUCCUGGAGAACAUUCAGGAGUGGCCAGAGAAGCUGCAGCAGCUCUGCAAUGCCCUGAGCUGGGUGUCCGAUCAUCACCACAACCUGCUGGCCCUCGUGCAGUUCUUCCUGGAUGUCACCUCCCGGAGCAGGCAGCUUCGAGGCCAGUUGAGCCUGGUGAUCAUUGCCCGGAUGCUGAACCAGCAAGAGAUACUUUCUCUCUGGGAAGACAAGACCCACCUGUCCUCUCUCAGCCAGCUCCUCAGCCUCAUGAGGCCAUCCUCCCUCGGACAGUACCUGGGCUUUGAGGCCUGGCCCACCUACCAGGAGCAACAGCCAAAGGCCAGCGCUGAGCUGGACCACAAGGUCUGCUAUCUAUGCCACAGCCUCCUGACACUGGCCGGGGUGGUAGUCAACAGCCAGGACAUCACUCCAGAUCAGUGGGAGGAGUUGCAGCUGCUGUGCAUGCAGUUAGACUGCCACAUCAGCACCCAUAUCCGGGAGAGCCCCCAGGCCAUGCACCGGACCAAACUCAAGGACUUGGCUGCCCAGACCUACAUCCGCUGGCAGGAGCUGCUGGGCCACUGCCAGCCCCAGGCCCAGUACUUCAGCCCCUGGAAGGACAUGUAA